AUGGCUGCACUUUCUCCACAGAUUCGAGGACUUCAGGCAGACGAGGUAAUGUCACACUAACCCUCCUUUCUUCUCCUCUUUGCCCACAUUUAACGCGGCAGCUCAUGUGAUAAUAACGUCGUCAGCCAGCUGGCUAACGAGUUGACGCUAACUGUUGCUAACUAAGUAAACUGGAAUUUUCCGGAAAUUAAUUGAGAAGCUAACGCGCUCACAAGCUGGGCAACUUGUAAUACCUCUGCGAGUUGGAGUUUCUAAUGAGUUUAAACGAGUUAACGUCAAUCAUUGAUAGAAAAUCGAUACUACUAACGGUUAACAUGUACACUUAUCUCGAUUUCGACUUGUUUAGUCCUCAAAACUGGUCACUCAUUCAACUACGAAAGCCAAAAAGGCUCCGGAGCAGUAAAUGUUUGUCAGCGGUGGUUUCCUGUCCUCAAACACACGCUUGUCUGAGCUCGACCAAACUCUUUUAGGCUUUUGGAUGAACAUUCAUGCGGUCAGAGCCUCGUGUAUUGAUAACAGGGCCUUAAAGUAGGGUAUUGUGUGAUAAGACAGUAACAAGGAUUGCGACAUCCCCUCAUGAUUCACCGAAUUCACAGUAAAACCAUGUGGGGUUAUGAUGGGAAGUGUGCAUAAUUGCCAAGAAUUAUCAGGAUGUUACAUCAUCCUGGAGGAGCGAUCUCUGAUUGUCCAGGGGGUGUGAACAGCACGAAUGUGACAACAGUUCACAUCAAGAGGAAGAAGCAUUUAUAUCAUUCAUCAACAUGGUCAGUGUUAUGAUCCAUUGCCAUUCUGCAAUAUGCAAUAACAGCUGUGGAAAAUCCCCGAAAGCAGAUGUGAAAGAUUUCAUAACAAGUGUGCAUAACUUUUAUUGUUUUAGGUGCCAUCCCUUUUAUACCCAAGGAAGUGUAUGCUCCCUGUAAUUUUCCUUUGUCUCCUCUUUACAUUUUCUGUACAAUUUUAUUUAUUCUGAUCUAUCCCUUUUUAUACUUUAUAUCAGUGGUUUUCAACUGGUGGGUCCCCAACCCACAAGUGGGUCGCGGACACCUUCUGGAUGGUCAUGAACAGUUGGUCAAAAAAGUAAAUAUUUAAUGCGAUAUUUAUCAGAGAUUUGCUAUUUUAUGUAUAAGCAACUUCAGUAGUUGUCAUCCUCAUGUUGUCCCUUUCCAGUGCUCUGAAAUGCACUGGAAAGGGACAACAUUUCCCGUGUACCUGCACUGUCCCAUACAUAUCCAGAUGGCAAGACUCGAUUCUAUUCUAUUCUAUUCUGCUUUUUGUUGUAUCAGUUAUCUGGAUGGUAGUGAAGCGCCUUUUCUAGCUCAGUUGACCCACCUAACUGGACAGAGGACAAGUGCCAACUUACUGUCACAGUGUAACCAUAGAUUUUUGGCUCCUGGGUAAAUGAGCUGUAACACAUGGAUCGAGGCCAAACUUUCGCUAAAUUUAAAAACUUCCUAACAAGAUGGAGUGAUGAUACUGAUUCAAGCUCUGAUUGGGUCAAAUGCUGGAGGUAGCUGGAUGUGAACCAAAGAUAAUGGUAACCACGAAGGUAUUUGUAAAACAGGAUAACCUCAGUGUGAUGUUGCUAUGCAUGUGAUACAAAAAGAAAAAAGCAACAGCAUAUUAAUUUUUGUCAACAAAACCAUUUACAUGAAUGUUGACACAAACAGUUUCACAUUGGACUGUCACUGGUUUCUGUUUGCCUACAUGCAACUACAAUCCGGCUGCUUAGUAAUUUAGUAACUUGUUGGUGUGUGAUACGUUGGCAGUUGGAGUUACCAUCUUUACUCAGACAUUCCUCUAGAUAUACAAUGUAACCAUCCCUUUUGUCUGAGAGAACUACAUGCCACAUGAGUACCACCUUAUUUAUUCUUUCUUCUCACAUUUUGAUGAGAUGGAUCAAAAAUUAUUUUAGGUUUUUGUAUAUGUCUAGAAUUUGAGCACACUCAUGAACCUCUAAAAAAUGUUGUACUGCUCUAUACUGUAUCACAUCAAUACAAGAGAUAACAUAAAGUAUAUAUGAAGUAUUUUUUGAUUAAUUAUGAUAACUAAGAGUGUCCAACUACUACAGGUUUUUGAAGGUGUUUCUAUUCUUUUACAAAUAAAAUGAAGCCAAUAAAUUGAUUUAAACUCUAAAUUAAGUUAUAUUUUUAGGCCUACCCCUUUUUAGAAAAUAGGAUGUGAGCAUAAACGGUUGAAUAGAUUGACACAGUUUAAGAUGUAUUUAUAUGUGAAUACUUAAUUCUCUUGGGGUUUAGGGGAAUAUUUCACUUCUGUCUGUGCUGUAUUUCACAAGUAAAAAUCUCAUUACCCUUUUUGUUAUUAUUUCAGGAGGAAUCCAGAAUCCUCAAAGUGAAAGUCAUCGCUGGAAUUGGCCUGGCUAAAAAAGAUAUACUGGGAGCCAGGUAAGUUGUAGCUCGAUUGUUCUGACUGCUACUUGUUGAGUAGGACUGCAACUAACUCUGCAAACAGUAGUUUCAGCAAACAAAAAAGUAGUUUCAUCUUUACUUCCCAUUUACUUUUUUAGUAAAUGGGAAGUAAAGCUGAAACUACUUUUUUAAUUAGCGUAUUCUAUCAUUACCAAGUAUCUUGCAUCUUAUAAUUAACAUCUUAAUACCUCAAAAUGAUCAAAAAGAAUCAAAGAAUAUUCUUUAAACCAGUGUUAACUGUCAAGCCUGUAUAUGAUUUUUUUGUAGUCAUCUGUACACAUAGGAAAAAAGAUGUCACAAAUUCUCACCUCCCUCUAUGACUUCCAAAAUAUCCUCUUCUGGAAAAGCAACAGUCUUCAAACUUAAGUAUACUUAUCUUUGACUGAUAAACCAGAGAGACAAAUAACAGACCCACAUACCCAUAGCCCCUGAGUAUGUGUUGAUUUUGGCACCCACAUGGAUAUUAUGGUUUCUCUUAUCUCUCUGCUGAUAUUUUGCUUUACAUGUGUAAGAGGGAUUGUUCUCGUAUAGUUUCAGUGAAUGGAAAAGAGGAGGACAUAGAUGCUCUGAAUGAAUGUCUGCCAUAGAAAAAGAUUAGGGAAUCCUUGUUUUACAUUUUAUGCAACAGAAUGCGUCAUCAACCACAACAGGAAACUGAAUCUAGAGCAAACAGAUACGAAGCAAGUUUUGUGCACCUCCUCUGAAAGCAUGAGCAAAUACUGAGUGUGUUGAGGUUAGUCUUCAGCAUAGUGUCAUGUUAAAUUUCCUGCUUUAGAAAAUAAACACAAUAACCCUCCAAAUUCAGAACAUUUUAUUAAAUGCCUGUUAGCAAGCAUGUCAAACUUGUAUUUUGUUACUUUGAAAUUCCUUAUAAAUUGAAAAGAUUUUGUUUAUCCCACCAAUGACCUCUGAAAACAAUCCAACAAUAUCAAAUCAAGUGUUUUUGAAACGAGGGGUUUCCUCCAAAACAACAUACUUUGUUGUUGAUGUAAUAAUCAAAACUGAUGUUUGAGUAUCACUCUGAUCCAACACUAGCCACUCAGUACAUUACUGAUGAGAAAUCAUUGCUGUGGGUCUAAAGUGGCUGUUAUAUAAGAUAAUGGGUUGUGUCAUGAAAAAGAUUCCUGUGGUUUCAAUGCACUUAAAGUUGGUCACACAUUAAAGAUCAAAUAUUAUACUCAACUUUGUGAUGAGCAUAGAGUAGCUGUAGCUAUCAUAUUGACGUUUCAGGGUUCUGAAUGCACUCUCUGAUCUAAUAAAAUGAAGGUUUUAAGUGUUUUGCUUUUUUUAAAAAUCACUUAGCAAAGUGAUAAAAACGGUUUGGAUCUGUACAGAAAGAUGUUGACAUCCUAGCUUGAGCUAAAAAUGUGUGUCCUUUUUCUAACAGUGAUCCGUAUACAAGACUGUCUCUCUAUGACCCUAUUAAUGGAGAGAUCACUAGUCUUCAGACUAAAACCAUUAAAAAGGUGAGUUAGUGAAACUAUACUUGUGCAAAUCUUGUUUAACUUUAACUUUAAAUUUAACUUAAAACUUGAUAUUUCAAUUAAAAAUGUCCUUCACCUUUCCUUUAAGACACUGGACCCAAACUGGAAUGAAGAAUUCUUUUUCAGAGUAAGUGAAGCUUCUUUACUUUGUUUGACCGUUGAAAGUUAAUGUUUUUUUUUCAAUGAGGGCUUAUUUUCUAUUAAAUUUAUUGUCAGCUUUUGUUUUCCAUAAUAAAUCACUUAAAGUUAUGCAGUUGGCUUUGUUGACCAUGAUUCUGUGUUGAAUCAAAUCUAUUUCAUGUUCCAGGUUGAUCCCAGGCAGCAUCGUUUGCUGUUGGAGGUGUUUGAUGAGAAUCGUCUGGUAAGUAAUUCAGUUAGCUUCAUUCUGUCAACAGAUUUAAUACAACUGACAAAAAGUUUGUAGCUUGAAGUGUUUGGUAAAUGUUUAUCUUAGAUUUCUCUAAAUCAGUUUUUUAAUUAUUUUAAAUCUAAUGAAAUAAACUACAGUGAAUGCUUGUAGAUAAUAACAAAACUCUCCCUUAUGUUAUAUAAGAAGUGGCCUGGAGCCCAAGAAUAGAUUCAGUGUAAGCAUUAGAAAAGACAUGACAGCUUUUAAUAUUUACUAUCACAUUAGACAAAAUAAAGCAGCAAAUCUGGAAAAAAAGGUUUUCUACUGUUGCAUGAAGCGCCACAAAGUGCUUGAAUUCAGUCUAAAAGUUGUAAACCAGUAACCAAAAAAAGUUAAUUUUCUCAUUGAAAACUAAUUAUUGCAGCUGACCAUAUACGUCAAUUUCCUGAUAUGAAAAAUAUAUUCCAGUCUGAACUUUACACAAACACACACCUCUUUUGUUCAUUUAGCACAAAUUACACAGAGAAAUAACUGCCCAUCUCCAAGCCCACAAUUCUUUUUAAGAUAGACAUUUUGCUGUACAUGGCUGUUGAGGAUUUAAAGGAACUACGGAGCUAUUUUGGUUGAGAAGCAACGUCCUUUCUCGUGAGCUAAUGUGUGUUUCUUAUAAAACAAAGCAGUUGCCAUAUGCCACAUUUUAUUACUGAGGGCUGAUCUAUUAAGUGCAGGGUUAACUUUGGUUCAUCUACCUGAUUGGUCCGCCUGUAUUUUGCCAUGGUCUGUGUGAUAUUGUUCUAAACUGAGAUACAUGACUAGCUUGACCUGUAAAUAAGGGCAUGCCAGUAUCUGUUGCUGAAAGUGUUGAUGGAAAUCAUAGGAGUAACAUAUCACAUCAGGUGUUUGGUAUCAUUUUAAUGAUGAAGAAAUCGUGUGUAUGGGUAACAGGUUAAUGUUAUUACAUAAGUGCAUUGGAUUCUUUAAUGUGUUUGCAGCUUUGUGAGAAUAAGGUGUUAGUAUUAACCUUGUAUCUGUAGAUCGAGUAAGUAGGUAAGUGUAUUUUGACCUCGUAUUGAUCCUACAGUAAGUGCACAGCUAUGUUGGAGCUUUCUGAAGCGGCAGGUUGUAGCAUGAUAUCAGUAGAGCUGCUGACCCAGUUUCACGUUGAUCUGAUACACAGCAGGUUCAGGGACACCUGAGCAGGCACACCACAGUGCUGUUUGAGACUGUAUGAUCUGUAUGUAACGUAAACAUGGCCAAGAAGCCUGACACAUGAGCAGUCCUAAGUUGAUAUUAUCUCACACCUCUGAAAGAAAGGUGAUCCUAAAACAGGUGAUCGUGUUUUUGAUCGGGAGGCAGAAGUGUGUAACUGUGCAAAAAUCAGUUCUCAAGCUAAUUUUGUUAACUUUUUUAGUGAAAUGUAAUACUGAGAACGUGUUUUAGUCAUUGAGAUGGCACCAGCUGUAUCAGUAAAUCUGUUGUCCUCGCUGAAUUGAAGAACAGUGAGUUGUGAUAUUUCUUUUCCUCACUUCUCUCUUAGCUGCUUUAACAACCUGUUUGAACUAGUUAAGGUGUUAUAUAACAGACUAGAUAUGGAGAAAAAUACAGUCAGUGGUCAUUUGCUUGUCAGAAAUUGUCUGUAAAGCUUCACGGGCAGACUGAACUUAAAAUUUGGCGUGAACAAAAUAAAAUAAUGCAGUUCUUGCCUCCCACUCUCCCUGUUAUGUUUUUGAUCACUGUGACGCUCUAGUAGUUUAUUCAUUUCUCAUUUGGAUUUAGCUGUUGUCUUUGGAAAGCCUCACAAGAUUGGGCACAUUUACGUAGCUGCUGUUUGUUGUUUUGUUUGUUGUUUGGCUGAAAGUUUCUGGAACAUGUUGUUAUGUCACAAGUUUACAGUCACAUGAUCCAGGAAAAAAUCUGGGUGUGAUUGACUAAAGACUGCCUUGUCAUGUUUCAAGUAGAUUUUGUGCAAAUCUGGAGGGUGUGUCAGCACUGGGAAUGUGAAUCUGAGCAUGUGUGUCACUGCUGCUUUAACGCACACAGGCAUGGGCAGAGAGUGCGGGAAACUUGUUGAAACUGGGUUGGUUGGUCUGCGUCCAAUAUGAAAUGAGUAGUUGUAGAACUUCAUUGAUAAGCAGAUUUUGUAAUCUGUAGUUUUACCUUUCAUCUCUUAUUGUUGUUACUGUACUUUAAUGCAGUUUUCAGUGCAUGUAUUACUCUGUUGUAUAUUACCAAUAUCAUCUUUUUGUGAAGUUAAUCUUUUCAUUCAAAUUGCAGCAGCAGUAAACCCUCAAACUCAGAAAUGAGCGAGCUGCUGGCCAUUGCAUUUUUUCCAGUUUUUGGUUGAAUGGGACUUUGUACUUUUGCCAAAACGCGAUGAAUGAGAUACUUGAUCAACAAGAGGAAAGACAUUUUCAUGUUUUACCCUGAAAUAAGAAAAAAUCACGUCAUUUUCACUGUUUUAUUGGAACAGUGAACAAAACAAACUUCCCUGAAAACCUCAUGACUUUUUCUGUCGUUUCUUCAUUCGCAAAAAAAAUUGUCAAAUUAUGCCCUAUUCUCACCAGAGGUUAAAAACUCUAUUUUUUGAACACACGUAUAGUGAUACACAGAGCAUUGAAAACAUUAAUGAGUCUAAUAAAAUUUCCAGAUUCUGACCAUUUAUUUUUCAUUGCUUGAAAUUUAAUAUCUAAAUCUAUUUCAUGCUGAGCUCAGCACUUUUUUCUACCUGCUGAGCAGGAAAAGCUUUUUGGUAGAGGAGUGCUUCAAGCAAGUUUUAUCUCCAGAAGACUCAUGAAAAAAUGAUUGAGUUCUCUCAAGAGGUUCCCCUUUAGGAAUAAUGAAUAUAGAGAUGAUUAGAAUAAUAGAAUGUCUUUAAGACAAAGAAAAAAAGAGGCUAUAACCUGUUCUUGGUGGUCCUCACAUAUUUACUUAGAGGCAUCUUCUUCAUUUUAAGGAUAUUUAAAUAUUUCUAACUCUUCUAUGACUAUAUUUGCACAGCUAUACAGGAACUGAACACAUCUCAAAUGUAGUUUGCAGGCAGGUGUUGGCCUUUAAGUUUUUUACCAGAAUGUGAAGUUGGAAAAAAUGUUGAAAAAUAAAACAGUAACAAUGACGAAAAUGAAUAUAAAAUGGCUUAGCAAAAGAGUAUCAGUAUUGGCAUUAGCUUUUUGGGAAGUGUUUAAGAAAAAAGAUCAUCACAGAAGUACAGCAUAGCAGUAAUAUUGCAAACAUACAGGUGGAGUGGGUUUAUCUACACUCUGGUAUCCUGGUUACAUCCAGGUUUUAUGAGUUUUCCUGUUUUGUGUUUUGUGUGUGUGUUAAAACCAUUACCCAGUUCCCAGAAAUCUAAAUGAACCUCUUCCUGUAUUUUACAAUCCAGAUAUGCUCUCUGGAGUGCUUCCAUCUUACUGCAGCAUGUUGGUGACUGAGAUAGUGGGAAGUUAAGAUAUAUCUGCAUCUGCAAACAAAUGAUCCGCAGCCUGGUUACCGUCAUAAACAUGCGUACAACUCAGCUACAAGGCAUAUACAGUGCAGCAAUAUUUUCUGCAACUGAACCAACUGUUGGUGGCAGUAUUUGUACAGUGCAAAGAAAUAUUACAUUUAUUGCCUGUCCACUAUUGUAUUAUUAUCUGUUAAUGGGCAUUUGAUUGGCUGUAGACAGCAGAUUAUUUGUGUGUGUGUGCGUGCGUGUGUGUGUGAGGUAUGAUGGUUGCAUGAAAGCUGUAGCAGCUCAUCAUGUUAACUCAUUACAGCUGCCCCUGUUGAUUGACAGAGCCAUCCUCUGCCUCGUGUCCAGCCUCGCCCUGACCCGCCCCACUGACACAGUUUAUAAUGACGUUAUUGUGAGCGUUUAUUAAAUAUAGCUUGUCCUUCAGUGCUGGGCGGCCGCAUUGUUCGUUCUGGUGACACAUUCAUUUGUAUAUUACGGGUGGUUUUUCUUUAUUAUUGGCCUAUUACAGCAUAGUCUCAUGACUUGGCAUAAUUGGGUCGUGUGCGUGCGUCACACACCUUAUCAGCUGGCUGGGCGAGUGAUUAAUAGCCGAUCACAAGGUUUCCCGGUAGCUUGUAAUGUUGGUUAAAAAAAUAGGCGAUGAGUUCUCCUGUAGUCCUCCAGUGAAUCAUGUCUUUAUCCUGGAUGUGUCUCCUACUAUUAAAGCAUAUACAGGAACUGUUUUGGAUGCAGCGUAAUGUCCUGAAAUAGACCAUUCUGGCACACAAUAGUUUGCUUUUAAUAAAUAGGACUGUCAACAGCCACGGGAAGGAAAUAAAACCGGCGCUGACUGUUACAUGAAGUGUCAUAUAACAGGUGUCAUGUCACCACGGAGGCUAUCCCAGUUCUAUCUGGUUUUUAUCCCAAAUAUAUUUGCAUUCAUACAGGUUACAUGUCAGAUUUACACCUCUGCUGUGACACAUCUUUGGCUCCUUUGCAAAGAAAACAUCUUUUCCUGUAAGUGUUUUGGUUCUAAGUAUGUUUUUUCAUGGAGUGAAUUUGCCUUUUACAAUUUUCAGUCACUUCCCCACCCUUUCCCUCAGGUUUUAGUAGUUUGACUGUGUGCUUGUGAGAUUUUGUGAGCCCACUCUUUAGUUUGUUGCAGAAUUACGUUGAAAGUCAUUCUCUUUGAUUUCUGUAACUCAAUAGCAGUGGGUAAAAAUAUUUGUGGGGGCACAGAGCAGGAGAAACAUUAGAGGCAUAGCUGCUGCAGGAAGUAGAGUCUUAAGUGAGUGGCCUGGGGCAGAUGUAACAGUUUACCAGCACUUCAGUCUAAGAUGCAGCAUAGACGGCUCUCUUGUUGUUGUUUUCUUGAGAAGGCGCACACGGGAGUGAGGCGACUGGAAAAGACACAAGGGCUUUGAUAUCGGGUUUGACCUCAGGAGGCACUGUGAACGAGCAGCCAAGCUAAGCUAAGGUUAUAAAACAGGUCAGCUGUGUGGUCUCUGUACUUUAAGUUCUUGGGUCAUUUUGUUUUUCUGAAAGUGUUCAAGCUCUCUACAAGGGAGCGGGGUUUGCUCUCGUUUCAAAGGUCGUAUGUUUGGGUCAUGUCUCCAAACGGAACCACUGACCUCCUCUGACUAAAAGCUGAGAUCAGCCUGAAGAGGAAUGUAGGUUGUCACCAGAGCUAUUUUGGCAAUGUACUGCUGCUAAUGAUUGUGAUCACAGAGCAGCGCUUGGAGCAGUUGCUUUCCUUUUUUCCUACCAGCAAGUUUGAUCAUGCAGCUCUCACCAGCACUUCAGGGAUUAGAGAGUUAAACGAAUGGCACGUAGGCUGCGCUUGCAUUUCGCGUCAAGACGAAGCAACACGGACCCUCUGUCAGAGAGCCUCAGCAGCCAUGGUGAGGAGAGCGGAGUCAGUGUGCCAGCUCGUAGCCCCGCAGAGAUUCUGGCGCACAGUUCUGUCCACUUAAAGGUGACUCCUCUGUCACCAGACUAUGCUAAUUUACAGCGGUACUCUUCAGUUCUCGUACCCAGGGUUAAUACUGGAGCAUGUAACAGGAAGAGCAUUCUGCAGAUCUCGCUGCAGCCCUAUGGAAAGCCCAAUGGAGAGGUGGAUGGCUGUAUAGAGGAUGGAGACCCAGCGGGAAGUGAAGGGGGAGCAGGCAGUGGCUCUGAAGGAGGCUCAUGCAGCAGUAGCAUGGCCAGCGAUCCUGGGUAUUGUAGUAGUAACAGCAUCUUUGAACCAGAGGCUUCAGAAAAACCCAGGACUACUCAGGAACGAUGUCUGCACUGCUGCAAAUCCAAGGUCCCUCUGAGACGGUGCUCCUCCUUGGUUAUAUUCCCAAAGAGUCCCUGUAACACUCCACCUGCAUCCCCAGUCAGUCCAGUGGCUCUCCCUGCUCUCCCACCAACGAAGGGCUUUCAUCAGUCAUCUUUUCAGACUUUUCAGCCAUGCUCACAAGAUGAUGAGGAAGUGACUUGCAAAGGGUCCACCACCACGGCAGUAAGUGGCCACUGUCUCCCAAAAGGAAGCUGUUCAGCUGAAUUCAGGGAUACCAAACACAUGGUGCAAUUUAAUAUUCCUUUAAAGGAUGAACCAAAAUGCAGAAUGGAAGACGGGAGUAAAACAGUGGAACUGUCCUCAACUCUAGACAGAGUGAAUCGACACUCUAGCAGCGUGCUGCUGCACUUUGCCCACCAUCGACCAAUGAUACUAGGGGAUGGAGCUACAACUAUGGCAACAGUUAAUGUGGGAAAUCCUGGGGACCCUCAUCCAGCCCCACAUCCUGAGGGUGAACUUGACCCUCGCAAAAAACUUUAUCGCAGUACUUCUGCAUGUUUGUUCUCCUCAACGAGACCAAGUGAUAAAAAUCAGAAGGUCUGUUUGUCAGGAAAAGGCCAGGAAAGGCCUGAGGGAAACCAUUGUCAUCGCGCUAUACAGAGAAGCUUUUCCCUGGAAGUUCCCUACGCUAACACUGGAAUUUCUUGUCAUGUUUCGAAUCCAAAACUCAGUAGCCCUUGCUCUCCUCAUGUGCACAUUCAUUUGUCUCCUUGCUGCCCUGCUAAGCUGCCUAGCUCUGUAACGGAUGUAAACACAAGCCACAAAGGGGAUAGUACACCAAAGAGUCCAGGUCAAAAACACAAGGUGAGUUUUGAGUUACCAUCCCUAUAAACCUUACAAUGAAGAGAGGCAAACUGGUCUUGAAUAAUCAUUGCCUCAAGAGACCUCGUGUGUUGUAAAUCCCUUUUUAAAGGAGCCCUGUGCAGAGCUCUGUAAUGUUGUUAAACCCGUUCAAGUGGAUUCCACAAGCUUUGAAUCGACUCUUUCAGUGACGUUACAUUGACUUGUGCUUUCUCGUUUGGACAUUCAUGAAUACUGCUUUUAACAAACGCAUAUAUGUCAGCUUGGCUCUUCUAUCUAACUGAAGCUGGGGAAAAGUUUGAUGUUUGUGUACAGUUGAUAAUGCAUUUUAAUACAGAACGUUAUUCCUCUAACAAAGCUGUUCUUCUUCACUCCGGUUGCCAUUCAAACCCCUUUAAACUUUUUGUACUCAGCCAGUAGACUGACCACAAGCUAGAGCGAAAUUCAGUAACCGAGAGGAUUGCUACAGCUAAGUCAUGCAAUUAACAAGCCCAAUGUGGACAAACAUUCAGAGGUAUUGGGUUACAUUACAGUAAAUCCAUUUGCAUAUUGGUUUCCAAGAAUUGCAAGAACAUUAAGUUAAAGUAGCCCAUCUGACAUCUUUAUGCCUGUUUGAUAAUUUGUAUGAGCCAAGAUAUGCUCAAAUUUAGAAUAGUACUCCUAUUUUAUUAUUCUGUUAGCACUAUGAGUAAUCGACAUAAGUAUUUACCCGGGCUAAUUUUAGUGGUGGGAAAAGCAGUGCCCCUUGCUGAUAUAAAUAAAGUUCCUCUGAAAUAUUCCCCCUGACUCCAGAUAGUCUGGUGGUCUGUAGCACUGCCCAGUCCCGUGGAUUCAAAUUUAACAGCAUGAUACUAGAGCAGUGCACAGUCAUGCCAGCCAUCUGUGGACAUGGUGUGUGGGUCUGUGUGGUGGGGGUAUGCAAUGUAGGCAGGACGGGAGUGUGAGCCCUUCCCAGUACAGGGUGGUGAGUCCCUUCCCUAUGGGUCCCCCUGCCAUGCAGUGUUUGUGAAGUAUCAGGUGUCAGCCUCCCCCCUGCAUUUAGCAGCUUGUCAAGUAAGAAGAUUUCCUUCAGUAAUUAACCAGCCCGCUUACUUAAAAGACUGAAAGUUGAUUUUCUUUAAUGGCAUUUAACUUCAGUUUUAAUGUCCAUAAUCCUUUUUUGUUCGAUUGGUACAGAGUUACACAUGUUUUUCAGAGGAGUCGGUCAGAAGUAUUGCACAUCUUUGUUGACAUUCUCACCAUAAACAACCACAACAGGGCAACAACUGUGUUAAUCACACUCUUUAAGGUUACAUAUCUAUCAGAAGGUCUAUCUUCAUUAUGAUUGCACAGAAACACUAGUCAAAGAAGUAAAACAUGCAUCCAAGUGUAUUUUUAAUUUCUCUCCACAGAAAUUGAAAUAUGUGUUUUUCGUGAUCAAAGUAUGGGUUAUUGUCAUAGGGACUCAAUUUGGAUGAUGACUGUUUGACUCAGAAAUUACAGCAAUGGUAUAAACAGUCACCUAGCACUUAAAACAGAACAGAAAGAAUAAAAAUACAGCAAUUACAAAGAUCUAAAAAGGAAAAAAAAGGUUUCGAUUCAACUUAAUUGUCAAGUAUUAUUAUAUUCCAUGCCCUUUUUGCACUACAGACACAAUGAUUUUCUCCAAUAUAUUCACCAUUUUUUCAAGAAUGGCUAUAAAUACUAUGAAAUCAGCAAAUUUUCAAUGCAUUCAUUUUGAUGAAGUUUGCUCCAGAGUUUGCAAAAAUCCCUCAGCAGAAUAUUUCAGGUCUUUUUCUUAUCUGCAGUGCCCUCACAACCCCACAUGCCUCAUCUCAUGAGUUAAUGAAUAACCACGAGUGACCUCAUUACACAAGUUGGAUCCAAACUUAAAUCAGAAAUCUCUCUGCUCUAUUAUAACUUCUGUGAUCAUUUUUUAGUCAUGCAUUGGUUCGGUUUGCUGUAGACCACAUAGAUUCACAUGAUAGUUUUUGUGUGGUUGUGUUUUCUGGUUUGAGGCGGAUUCCUUCAUUUGUUGUAACACGUGGUUUAUAGACACCACACACCAAACAGUCCAGCCCAUAUAACGCUUAUCUUUUAGACCGUAACUAUUUUACAACUGAAAUAGCGCUGGCAUCCAGGAAGACUCUGACCUCUUUCUUCUUUCUUCUCUAAGAGUUAAAAACUUAUUCAAAAGAGAGGGGGGAAAAAAUCACUCUUGGUGUUGUUGUCCCCUAUCUCAUUUCUCUGAUGUGUUUGCAUAUUCUUUAACAGGAUGGCCCAUCAUCAGACACUUUUUGCCCGCUCUGAUAACAUUAUCUGAGUUGGUCUUUGGAAGUUUAGGUUUCACAAGCUGCAGUCCACCUGUUAAAGAAGUUUGUCGUUGCCAAGCUAUGAUGGAUAUCACUGAGCUUGCUCCACAGAUUCAAAACCAUGUGCGUGCUGCUGAUUGCCACAACCUUAUGCAGUAUGCGGUCAGCACUGCUUACUGCCACAUGCUAAACUGAGUCGUAUUUAGUGUUACAUGAACCUUUGGGGAUGCUCUGAAUGUACAUUUAUCUGUGCUUGACUCUUAUGUUAUGGACAGUCUUGUGAUGGUUCCAAAGCGUUCACCAGCUAUUUGUCAAGUUUGGCCUUACCUCACCUGACAGCACCAGGAAGUUUUCCUGGAAAAUCACCCACACACGUUUGUUAACUAAUUUAGAAAUGACUUUCUUAACGUUUCAAAUCAGCUGAGACAGUGAGUCACUGAUACUUGCCUGUAUUUUUUUUUAUAUUCUGUUCCCGAUAUACCGAGGUGAGUUUUAAUUUGACAGAGGGAUCAGUUGUGUGUUAGUUUUGUCCGUGGUAAUGAGUUAUAAAUGAUUGGACUGAGAUAAAGAAUGUUGUAUUUUUUGUUUUGUGAAUUUAAAGGUCAUAUUUUUUAUGGAUAGUUGAAGUAAACAGGACUUUUAAAAUCUUUACACAUAUAUGUGUAUUUGUUUAUUAAAUCUUCAUACGAUUGCCAGCAUUGGAUCUCAAAAGCUUUAAGUAAAAGCAUCUCAAAGAUAUACUUGAUUUACUUAUUUCUAAGAAUAUCUAAGACAGAGUAAGUGUUUUGAGUGUUUUCUCGUGGACACUUGGCAGGAAAUAAGGUUUAGAAAUGGUUGUCAACUUUACAUAUACUCCAGUCUGUCUUGGUUUGUAGAGCCUUUUGUCUCCGAAACUCUGGAAACUUCCUUCUUUCUCCUCACUUACUGCUGAAAACGAACCUCUCAGAGUGAGGCACACAGAGUUCACAGGGUGAUCUACAUGACUGUUUUUAAAGACGGUUCACGGAUAAAGAAAUGUCCUAAAUCUGAAUUCCCUCUUGUCUGAUAGUGUGGAGUGUGAAUGAAUUUGACUGUCAAAAACAGCACUGAGAAUUUAUUUCAACUUUGAACUAAAGAGACCAUACUGUGAAGAAACUGCAGUGUGAAGGGCUUUUUCAGUAUGCUCUGCCACAUGUCCCAGGAUAGGAUGAGUGGUAGAUUGAUUCAAGGCAGCAUAGUUACCAAAUAUGAUUGAUGUUUCAAAGCUUGAAAGAGUUAGAUUCACUACUAAUUUGCUAGUACUUCUAUGGUACACUGGACAUUUUCAGCUUUUGUGGCACUUUGGGAACUUUUUAAAUGACAAAAUAGCUGAUUAAUGAUGUUGCCAAUAGAUUUUGUUGAAUUUUUUCACAUUGUGUUGGUAAAUAAUCAGGAUGAUUGAUUAACUGAUAAAAAAUCACCUGUUAAUAAACAUUCUUUGCCUCUGCAGUAAUCUGACCUUUACAGUUUCCAUUUUAGUCAUCAGUUCAGUGACCCACAGUCAGUGCUAACAUUAAGGUAGCUUAAACUCUGAAACCAAAAAUUUAUUUUUGCUUUAAAUUUUCUCAUUAAGUGUUUUUCUAUCAACUUUAUCAUCAGUACUAUCCUCAAAAGUUCAUGCAAAACCAAUAACAAGUUGAACACAUUUUGACAAAAUUAAAACAGACUGCUUGAAGUCUUGGAUGAUAUUCUUGAGAAAGUUAAAAUAUCUUAGUAGUUGUUAUUGGUCAUUGCUGGGGUCCACAUUGCCUCUUUUUAAAACUGUUCUUUAAACUGCUUUUCUUGGCUUCACUAUUCAAAGCACAUGGGCAGGAUGGAAGGGGCCUCCAUCUAAAUCUGUUCAUGUAAACACUCUUUACCUCCUUUGGGCAGUUUGACCUGCUGUAGGUGUUAAUUUGGUCGCAAAGCUGACUCCCACUGUGAAGUGUAUGUUUGCAUUUAGUGCCCAUGUCUUCAACACUGUAACGACAGAGAUAAGUGCACAUGAAUGAGUGAUGUGCUCUCAGAAACUCAUAACGCUAUGUCAUUUAUUUCUCAAGAAGUAACAGUGCAGCCAGUCAUUGUGAUCUAUAAAAUCCUUGAGAUCAGAACAAUCACUUUCAUUGUUUGAAGCUGUAAUAUUAUGCAAUGUUUGAGUUGAGGAGCAGAUUUUCUUAAUCACUGAUUAUCGAUUGAUGUAAAGGAACUGGUGUAUGAAGAAAUAAAUGUGGCAAUUUUAUAAGAAAGCUUUAACCCAAGAUGAAAUAGCUCCAAAAUUACACUCUACAGGCCCCUAUGGGGUUAUCACUGAGGUUAUUAAUUCUACAAAGAAGUAACUUAACAUGUUCAGGCCAGUCCUGUGUGUGUAUAUGUGUGUGUGUCUCUCUGUGUGUGUGUGUGUGUGUGUGUGUGUGUGUGUGUGUGUGUGUGUGUGUGUGUGUGUGUGUGUGUGUGUGUGUGUACAUGUCUGUGUGUUUAGGAGAAGAUAAUAUUGUCAUGAUCCUGACUUCUGUAUGUGACACUCCCUACCCCCUCUCUUUCUGUCAGACACGUGAUGACUUUCUGGGACAGGUGGACAUCCCCUUAAAUCAGAUACCGGUGAGUCCUUGGUUGGUUGCAUGAGAUACUUGUUCUUUGUAUAUUGACACCUUUGACUUGCUUAAGUUCAUGUGAGUUGAGUGUAUUUAGUUUUUACUGUAACAUUUACUGUACAAGUGCUCAACCUCAAUCUCAAACCAUGUUCCCGUGUAAAUAUGAACACGUGUGCCCUUAUUCUAGUGUCUGUUCCACAUCAUUGUCCACAGUUUUGUAAACACAGCCCGUCAUGUUUAUGUUACCUUUCUGCUUUGUUUCAUUACAAAUACAACACCCACAAAUUAGCUCCCAUUGUUCAGUGUCACCAUUGUUUCAUUUAAAUGUAUCCUUAACUAUAUUCUGGUUUAACACCAUGGAGUAUUUAUGAAUAUGACUGUGAAGAGUGUUUGUAGACUUAAAGAUUUUCUUUCUAUUGUUUUCUCAGACAGAAAAUCCUAACACAGAAAGGCCAUACACAUUCAAGGAUUUUCUGCUUCACCCUCGAAGGUUGGCAUGAUUUCAUGUUGAUUGAGUCUUCUUGUGUUUCCUUUCUGUAUACAUUUCAUUUUUUAUGUUUAUUUCCAGGAUAAAUAAUAGACCACAGGUCAUUGUUGACUAAAUGAAUGACUCGUGUAAAUUACCGAGUGAGACUUGAUGGUUUGUUUUCAUAACACUGUCUUUAAAUAACUCUUAUUAAUCAUGCAGCCACAAGUCCAGAGUUAAAGGUCACCUGCGUCUCAAAAUGACCUACCUACCAAAAAACCCAGGUUCAGAGGAGGAGGCAGCAGAUCAGACUGAAGACACUAAUGUGAGUCUCGCCAGUGUUUCUAUAGCCUGGUUGUUUUUUGGGGUAUUUGAAACUACUCAAUCGCUAAAGUCUUGUCCUAAAUAUAAUGUUACUGAGUCCAGCUUACUGUUGCUUUUCCUUGAUUAUAAUAAAAACUGGCUUAUGAUUUCUUCACAGUAUCUGUAAUUCACUCGAGUCUGUCAUUUUCAUUUUCCCUGCUGUAUACAGUUAAACAGCUGACAUUAGGAUAUUGCCUCCAUCCUUCUUGUGCAUCUGCUUAAACUCUUGAUUUAUGUUGUGCAGACUGAGUGGGAGUUACCAGAGGGCCAGGACAUGUCAGGUCCUCGACAAAGCCAGCUCCUGCCCGCUCUGCCCCCUGGCUGGGAGGAGCGGCAGGACAACCUGGGAAGGACCUACUUUGUCAAUCAUGAGAGCAGAACCACACAGUGGCAAAGGCCCACCAUGCAGUAAGAAUGCCCCACCCCAUCUCAAGACGAAGAAAUUUAGGUCCUUUUCAGCCCUGAUGGACAGUAUGUAUUUAUGUGUGUGUGUGUGUCUUUAACAGGGACAGUGUUGUUGGAAUGGAAAGAAGACCCAACAACAAUAUGGAGGAGCAUGCUUUUAUAACACGCAGACAGAUCUCAGACCACGAUGAGAACUCCACUCGAGAGUCCCCUGAGGUAACAUUAGCAAAGCAUUUUCAUUGGCAUUUUGCUCUGUAAUGUGCCCUGCUUGUCUUGUUUUACUGUUCAGAUGUACCUGCACUUUUUUAUACUGUUUACAAAGAACAGAUGAGGUUAAUCAAAAGACUCUUAGGUUUUCACUUUCAAAGGAACAAUACAGAGCAGCUGUAAAUCCCUGCACGUCAAGUUAGAGGGUGAACAUGUUGGAUAAUUGCUACUCUGUUUUUGUGAAAACUUCAUUCUCAAAUGGUCUCUCUACUCAACAGGCAAGUGGGCAAGUGGUUGAGCAUUGAUAGUCGAACAAGCUGGAGAAUGAGAUAAGAGAGGGAGUACUUUUUUUUUCUGUUUUUUUUUCUUCACAUUGUGAACUUCCCAAAGCACAAAAAACAUUGCUGCACCUUCAUAGGGAAGAAGCUUGUUGGACUACAUGUACAUCCCAACAAGAGCAAUAAUUGCUACUCUGUUUUUGUGAAAACUUCAUUCUCAAAUGGUCUCUCUACUCAACAGGCAAGUGGGCAAGUGGUUGAGCAUUGAUAGUCAAACAAGUUGGAGAAUGAGAUAAGAGAGGGAGUAUGUUUUUUUUUUCUGUUUUUUUUUCACAUUGUGAAUUUCCCAGAACACAAAAACAUUGCUGCAACUUCAUGGGGAAGAAGAGUAUUGGACUUCAUGUGCAUCCCAACAACAGCAGAGCUUCACGUUGUCCUGUUUGGUGUAUUUAUGUAUCAGAGAGGCAAGAGACAGGGACAGAUGUGUCUCCUGGUUGACGUGUUUUUUCAUUUCUAUCUCAGCUAGCACCCUGCUAGUUGCUGGGGGUUAAAAACAAAUACCCAUAAGUUAAAUCCCAGAACUGUCGUCUAAAAGGCAAGAUAAUGAGAAAUGCUUUUCAGGAUGGAUUUCAUGCCUAAGUGUUGCAAUUGACAACAAGGACUUAAAGGAACUGAGUGUCUUUUGUCUUGUGUAAUAUUCUAGCCUAGGGUUUAUUGUUUUAUCUAUUUGUUUUGGUUUACUCCAACUGACUCAUUUGUGGUUGCAGCAGGCAUCUAUUUUCUGCAAAAAAAAUAAUAAUUAAAUUAAAUUACACAAGAAAAUAGACAUUUCUGAGAGCCCAGCAGAUCCCAGCUGCUCACCAGGUAGUGUGUGUUGUUAAUGUAGUUGAGUAUUUGCCUGCUAAAGACCCGGGUAUGUCUCUCAAAGAGGAUAAGAGAUUUUAGCAACAAGUCAAAGACAAGUCAAAUCAGUAUUUAUUCGCUAGUAAGUUCAAUUUAAGAAAUGACUUUGGUAUCUCAGUAAUGCUCACUGCGUGCUCCCAUUUGCUGAAUUUGGCCCAAAAAAAGCAAAUGAAGGUUUAAGAAAAACACUGUCCAAAUACUGGACACUGAUAAGUGUUUUAAAAUACAAGAAAAACUGAACGGUUUAGGGAUCCUGUGUGGAAGCUGAGUAAUGCAGUAGCAGCAGUUCUGGCAUGUCCUCUAUGUCUGGAGAGCUUUAAUAUUGGCAUAAACACAAACAAACCGUCUCACGGGUUUACUGAAUGGCUUAGUGUUUUCUUUUUUUUUCUUUUUUACUGAACUGCUGUUUCUCACAUUGGCUCAUUCCUUCUCCAUGCCUUCUUAUGUCUCUCUUAUCCUUAAGAGCUGGGAAAUUAUCACUGAGGACGACUCCACUUUGUACCACAGCAGUAACCAGGUUUCAUCACCUCCACCCCGCACACCUGUCCCUGAGUUCCUUGCUUUUGCAGAUGAGCUGAGAAACAUUCACAUUUCAGGGCCCACAGCUGGCACCUCCCAGACAGUGAGUCAUUUUUUUGUUCAGCUAAAGGUUCUUGUUUCCGGAAGUCUGAGGAAAAGAUACUCAUAAUAAGAUUCACUGAAUAUAAUCCACAAGCUUUUAGUGAGAGAAGUGGGAAGGAAAUUACCUCAAAUGACCCCAGUGAGCACUAUUGUCUUUCAUUUCCUUCUCCCUGCUGUAGAAUCAUGCUAGUAAUUCAAGCCAUUCCAGUAUCAGAAGAAGCUCCCAGACUUCAACAGGGGAGGAACAUCCCGUUAAUCCUGUGGUAAGUGUUUGACUCUCUGUUGAAAUCACUCCCUUCUACAUUUUACCAAACCUGUCUUGCCCCACAGCAUUUAAGUAUGAGUAUUCAAGGCUCACAGGUAUCUCCUUUAGUCAUAGCUUCUUUUUUGUUACUUUAAAAUGUUUCUGAAGUCAGGACUUGAUUAAAUGAUUUCAAUAUAUUUUCUAGAUUUGUUUUCUGUUGAUCAAUAAGCUUUAGAUUUUCAGUUUUGAUCACUUUGUUUUUUUCAAUGUCAUCAAAUAGCUACUUCCAACCUCAGUUGGACUCCCUCCAGGCUGGGAGGAGAAGCGGGACAGUAAAGGCAGACGCUACUUUGUCAACCACAACACCAGAACCACUUCAUGGACACGACCCUUUGUUCAGGUACAGAACAGGCUUACUCAUGGACUUGUGCAAAUGUAUACGCACACUGUCACCAUUCAGUAUAAUUUCAAAACCUUCUUCUUAAUCCCAAAGUUUUCCAUUUUUGUGAGUAGUUGGUAACUUUAGGUAACACCUAAACCUCUCCAAGUUGAUUUUUUGUGUGUGUGUGUGUUUGACAGAGAACCUCAGAGGCAGUAGCUGCACCGAGUGCUGCAAGUAUACCUCAGAGCCCCACUCCACCUCCUCAACAGCCUGCACCCCCUGAGGAGUCUCCUCAGCACACCCCCAGCCCUGAGAACAUGCAUGAGUUUGGCUCCAUGCCAGCUGGCUGGGAGGUUCGCAGCGCUCCCAAUGGCAGACCCUUUUUUAUUGACCACAACACAAAGACUACAACCUGGGUGAGAGGGCAGGAGUUUCAUGUUUAGGAAGCUCAUGUUAAAAUGGUUACCACACUUCAGGGGGUUUGGUUUGUUAGAUGGCCACUAGGGGCAGACUCCAAGUAAACAUUAAGAAAUGGUCACAAUAGCUAAGUAAGCUUCUUUUAAUGUGGUUGUCACUUGAAUAAAGUUGAGGAGUAGAGUCCUUAUGCCUCAUUAGUGUCUCAAACAAACUUUCCUGCGUACAGUUUUCCUUUUUUGAACCAAACCAUGUUUAUUGUCCUUUGAACAGACCGACCCCAGGCUGAAGGUUCCCGUGCAGAUGAGGAGAAGAGCCUCACUCGACCCGUCUGAUCUUGGCCCUCUGCCAGUAAGUUCAUUUGAUAAACAAGAUUAGUAAAAAAAAAAAAAAAGAUAAAAGACAUUCAUCAAAUUUUACUUACAGAUCCCAGGCACUAAAAAGCAUAUGGGGUCUAAAUUUACACGCUCUGUGCUCUUGUAUUCAUAUUAUUUUGAUAGUUAAUAGUUUAUUUAAAAGACGAUAUGUUAUUUUCUUCUUUCCUAGCCUGGUUGGGAGGAGAGGGUCCACAGUGAUGGGAGGAUAUUCUACAUUGAUCACAGUAAGGAUCAAAUUUCAUAAAUGAAAUACAUCUUGGUCUUAUAUUCAGUGAUGACAAAGCUCCAGUAUUUAUAAAUGGCCUCUUAUGUCUAAUUUUUCACAGACACCAAGACCACACAGUGGGAUGAUCCCAGAUUACAGAACUCGGCUAUAACUGGACCAGUAAGUUUGGACUGUUGUUCACAGAUCAUUUUUUGGUGACAUUAUAUAAGGAGACUGAAAAAAAAGUUUUUAUUUGUAGAUAAGAGGUUUACUGUUCAUGAGCUUUAUUGACUGCUGUGUGGACUUUAAGGUGGAGAUUGAUGAGUUGUCACUGAGUGCUGUUCUUUGUUGGUUACAGGCAGUGCCUUAUUCCAGAGAUUACAAACAGAAGUACGACUACUUCCGAAAGAAGCUUAAGAAACCGGUGAGUGUCCUCACAGAUGAACCGCUAUCAUUUUUAUUAUUCUGUAUUUUACAAAUAGAAAUUUGUGAUAAAAAUGGACAUAGUAAUUUUCAAAAUCAGUAUAAACAUCACCACUUAUCUGAUACUAGUUUUCCAGUCAUGCUUCCACAUGUGUAGAGAUUCUUGAUCACUUUCCUAAAUGAUGAAGCACUUUUUUCUUAAGUAUGCAAAUAUGCUUGUAUGUAGGCAGACAUCCCAAACCGAUUUGAGAUGAAGCUCAGACGAAAUGCUGUGCUGGAGGAUUCGUACAGGCGCAUCCUCUCAGUGAAGAGGGCAGACCUGCUGAAGGCACGGCUUUGGGUGGAGUUUGAGGGAGAAAAAGGUCUGGACUAUGGCGGUGUUGCCAGAGAGUGGUUCUUCCUCAUGUCGAAGGAGAUGUUUAACCCAUACUAUGGGUUGUUUGAGUAUUCUGCCACGUAAGUGCAAACACAAACACCGUUUCCAACUAUACAAGUGCUCAGGCUUCUAAAAUUCUAUCUCAGAGGCAUAAACAUGAUCAGUAAUUGUUGAACUUGUGUUUCAUGUUUUGUCAGGGAGCAGGUAACCUAACUGAGGAUUUUUUUUAAUGUUCUCUUCUAUGUUUUUGUUAUGCCUCCCAGGGACAACUAUACCCUGCAGAUUAAUCCAAACUCUGGUUUGUGUAACGAGGACCACAUUACCUACUUCAAGUUUAUCGGCCGGGUAGCAGGCAUGGCUGUGUAUCAUGGCAAACUGCUUGAUGGUGAGUGCGUACCUGUUUUGUUUGUGUGCCACAUAUUUGCAUAUUUUCAUACUGAUACCAGUGUGAGUAGGCUCAUUAAUAAGCUCUAUGCCUUACUGUGUGGAAGAGACUAGGGUCAUAGUUUGAGGUGAAAAGCUACUCCAGACGUGAAUUACUCCAGCUUCACAUUAGAUGCAUGACCGUUGUAGAACAGCUCAGUUUUGAUUUCAGCAUGCAUGUUUGCAGAUUAGACCUUUUACACGGCCAGCUAAGCAGUGCACUUCAUGUCUGUUUCACACAUCAAAAAUCAAGGGAAUAGAAGCUGUAAGAAUCAGUUCUUUUGUUGACUGCUCAAGGACAACCAGAGAAGUCUUCAGGUCUCAGAUAAACCUUUUAUUAUGGCCACAGGUAGAGUAAUACAGCACUGAACUCAGAAUGACAGAGCUCCUUGGAUUUCCGUCACAACGGGGUAGUCAUUUCGGGGUUGCCCUUAAUAGAGGCUGGACAUAUAUUGGACGGAGUGUCAUUGGUCUGCUAUCUCUGAUGUGAACAGGCCAUCCGCUGUUCAUGUAGUCUUACUAAAAUGUGCUAUGAAACGUGUGUGUGUUGACCUUGAGGCCUGUAACUACUGUAGCAGACCUGUCCGGCAGAAUAAAGAGAGCUUUGUGGUUCAUCAGGUUGCUGCUUAUCAAGGCCUCACACUGUUCUGAUUAAAUGAAAACAACCAGUGAGUUACAUGGAAACACUCAUUAAGUUGCAUUAGUUCAGUGGGAAAGUGUAAAUCUGAAUCUGAAAUAAACAGACACCAAGUUACAGGAGUUCAGUAAAAAAGUACAAAUCUAACAUUAGCAAAGUAAAACACAAUUAUAAAAAAGGCUUGAUGGUUUUUUGUCAAGCUGCACUUUGAUGUCUGCAAAAAGUACAGAAAAAAGAUAUUUUGAGUGCUGUAUUGUCUCUGUAUCAGCUCAUGAACUUUGUUAAAAAAUGAUCCUGAUGACUUACAUAAAGCCAAGAUAUUUUGAUAACAGUAGUUUAUGAUCUUAUUUUGGGUGAAAUGUAGGGGAAAUGAAAACCUUGGAGCAGAAACACCCACAGCCAUCAUGUAUCCAGUGUAAAGUUGGCUCUAAACUCUUCUCUCCUAACUUUGUGAAUCCAAAUGAAACUUGCACACAGCUGUAGAACCUGUUGGUAUAAAAAAGAGCAGAAUUCUUCCUAACAGCUGACAUAUGACUGUGCUGGGUAAAUAGCUACCAGGUGUGUUGCUGACACCUUACAUGGUAGACAAAGACGUGGAAGUAGGUCAAGUUAAAAAGAUUUAAAGCAGAUAAAAUAGACACUGGAACAAAUCUGGUAUUAGUUUGCCUUUCUGCGAUGUAUCUUGUGGUAUCGAAAAAUACAGGAAUUAUAUCAGAUAAAUGCAGUGUAUUUUAUGUUUUUAUAAAAAAAAUUAACUUUCAAAAAUACAGUUGUGCUAUUUGUGGUUUGUCUCAUUCAGUCUAUAUUCUACUUUCAAUUCAAUUACUACUUUGUCCAGCUUUCUGACAGCAGCUCUGACACUUUCAUUGAGAAAUUAAGAGAGGAGGAAGAACAGGCGGGGAAACAAGUUACACCAUAAACUUUCCCAAUAAACAUAGUGGCCUUGGAUUACUUACACAGUGUCUGUAAUUUCUGAAGGUUUUUAAAAUGAUGUUUGAUUCAUGUCACCAGCCCACCGUGAUAGUACCCUCUAAUUAAACAAAAACUCACCGUGUUUUUCUGCUUACUGGUUUCUCAAGUGUACAUUGUAAGUAAGGAUGCCUAAAGUAAACACCAUGUGGUCACAUGAGUGGUCUGUAUGUGUCAAGGAGCACCAACACAAGCAGGAAAUCUGCCUACCUUAACCAAGCCACAGCAGGGGUUUCAGUGGCUGCAGCAGCGAUUUGAUUUCACAGCCAUGUGACACAGAUACAGACAACAUGUUCAAAACAAAGAUGGCAUAGAGUGAUAUCAGAGAGACAUUUGCUGUAGAUUACUCCAGGACAAUGUGAAUGUUACAUAUGCAAUGAUGUAUCUCUUAGCUUAGCAAUUAAAAAAAAAAACUAAUUUUGCUGUGUUCCUCAAAGCUUUCUUCAUCCGGCCUUUCUACAAGAUGAUGCUGCAGAAGCCCAUCACUCUGCAGGACAUGGAGUCUGUUGUAAGUGUCCUCAUCUUAUGAUUUACUGCUCAAGUUAUAGAUCUUUUAAAGGAAGCUGAAAGAUAUUUACUUUUUGUCUUUGUUGACUUUUAGGACAGCGAGUACUUCAACUCUCUGAUGUGGAUUCUGGAGAACGACCCUACAGACCUGGAUUUGAUGUUCACCAUUGAUGAGGAUCUCUUUGGACAGGUUUGGCUACUGUGCUGUCUGCCUCAACUCUUUUAAUUUACAUUUUCUGUGUGAGUUAUAUUAUUUACAUGCCUCACUCGUCCUGCACAGACUCAACAGCAUGAACUGACACCAGGCGGCGCAGAGAUAGUCGUCACAAACGACAACAAGAAGGAAUACAUCCAGUAAGCAGCAGAACUUCUAAUUAAAGAAAUACUUAAUCUUUUCGAUGAAGUUAUGGUUUAUUUGUAAUUUGUGGUUUGUGUUCGACAGUCUGGUGAUGCAGUGGAGGUUUGUGAACAGGAUACAGAAGCAGAUGACGGCUUUCAAAGACGUGAGAACUUAUUUGAUUCAUUUUUUUUAAAUAAAGAAGAUAUGAUUACACGGUAUAAAGACAAUAAAUGAUUGUAAUCUCCAUGUGUUUGUGGUUUCAGGGAUUCUUUGAGUUGAUACCUCAGGAUCUGAUCAAGAUCUUUGAUGAGAAUGAGCUGGAGGUGAGUUUUUGUGUCUGUUUUAUCAGUUGAAAUAAAAAAAAAUGAAUUCCAGAAACAUGAAUUUCUCUCUCUCUCUUUUCUCUUGGUCUCUCUCUUCCUUUUUCUCUUUCUCUCUUUGUCCACCUGCACCCUUGUCCUUCUCAGCUGCUCAUGUGUGGUCUUGGAGAUGUGGAUGUGAAUGACUGGAGGGAGAAUACCAAGUACAAGAACAGCUACUGCGCCAACCAUGCCGUCAUCCAGUGGUUUUGGAAGGUGAGACAUCUUUCCAUGCCUGGAGCUGACAAGCUCAGCUUUGAACCUUUACGGAGCUUUUUCUCCUAACUGUCAUAAAAUGUGUUUGUGUUGUUACAGACGGUCCUGUUGAUGGAUGCAGAAAAGCGAAUCCGCCUCUUGCAGUUUGUGACAGGAACUUCAAGGGUCCCAAUGAAUGGCUUUUCUGAGCUCUAUGGUGAGAUAUCCACUACAUUUCACAAGUACCUGCUGUGAAGCGUCAGGCUUGAUGAUGCUUUUUCUGUUUCUAUUCAAAACUUUCUCUCUAGCAUCACAUCUUUCCCCUCAAUAUUGUUUCCUCUUGUAUUUAAUUCAGAGGUGGCUUGAACAUUUGUGUUCUGUUUCUUGUGUCUGAACAACAAAAAAAAAAAACAUGCUGAAUGUGUUUAUCUCAUCUUUGAUGUUUGUUAUUUUCCAGGGUCUAACGGACCACAGCUGUUCACCAUCGAGCAGUGGGGAACACGUGAUAAACUCCCCCGAGCCCACACGUGGUAAGCAUUGCACCAUAAUGUAUUACUAUCCUAACACUCUUAGGAAGAUGUUAUAUAUUAUUUAUUUGUAUAUUUGUAUUUGCAUUUAAAGCUACUCUGAAGAACCUGAAACUUGUGCCUUGAACUAGGCAGCGUGUUUUAUUUCUUUUCUGAUCUGUGCAAUACAUUUGUGAGAAAUGUUUUCUGAUGAAAACCUCAUCCUGCUUACUUUAGACUCUCUAAGGUAUCAUCAAUUGUAAAACUUUUCCUAGAAAUUUCAAACAAAGAAACUUAGAGUCUGCAAGCUGUAAAUCUCAUGACACAAACAUGGUGGCAGCAGACACUUAGAUAGAAAUAAUAAGUGGUCAACAGAUGUCAGUUUUUGUUCAUCAGCCAAUUUGGAUAAUUAGAGGGGAGUUGGUUAGUUAAUUUUUUAUUUGCAUUUGAUAAAAUUACCAUGAUAAAACCCAUGACACCAUGUUCUAUACUAUCUAAUAUACUUGGUUAUCUCUGCCAGGAACAUAUUCUAGAUGGGUUUUCAUGAAAUAGAGAAAUACAUCUCACUCAGAAUUAGAAUAACUUAUUUAAUCCCUGAAGGGAAAUUCAAUUGUCUGUAUUCUCAGUUGUCAUGUCUCAAAAAGUAAUCUACUAAAUCAUCUACAUCAUUAUGCUAUGAGUUUUUAGAACAUGGCAGAUACUUAAGACAGAAGCAACACCAAUCUGCAUUGUCCAUUACACCAUGACUAGGUUGUCUGCAGUGUCUGAAAACUUUUUUUUUUGUUGUUUAACUAGCCUCAUUAGCACAGGCGUGGUUGAUGCUGACGAUUUCAAAAUACCAGACCAAUUGAUCAGUCUGUCGCUCGAAGUAAUGGCCUGAUUUGAUUUUAUAGGCCAUAAAGAGGCAUCAAUAUCAAAAUCUGAGCUCCAAGGAACACAAACAUUUCACAAACAUUUUCAUUUUACUGUAAUGCAUCUGCACAGGGCCUUCAAUGUCUCUUGAAAAUCUACAAUUGUUCGCCUGAAGUUUACAGGAUCAGAAUCAUGAUCAAGUUAAGAUAUCAAAGAAAUAAUACAGCAGUAAUACCUCAAGUUUAAUCAUCAGCUCUAUAUUACUCAUGAUUUUUUUUUUACUGUCUUUCUGUUGACAUUGGAGUUGGUGAGCCUAUGAAUUAAUAAAUAAAAUAAAGAAAACCUAUAGAUGAAAUGUGAGUAUAGUGGGUUGAAGCCCUCUGGUGGCUUGAUGCUGUCAUAGCGCCCAUCUUGCUGAAUACUAUCAUUUGGUUCAGUGAGAGCCUGUUUACAGGGAAAAUGUCACUGAUUUACUAUGUUUCGGUCAAUUUUCUGUCAAUGCAAAAGUUUAUAUUUAGUGGCUUUAUGGAGCAGUAGGAUCCAGGGUUUUCUUUAAAGCUUGAGGUGCAUCAAAGACUUGCGGUCAGCCCAUCUUUGCUAUGCUGCACCUUACUGAUUAAUCAGUCUCUUACUGGAAAGUUCCUUAGCUUUAUCCUUUUUGCAGUAUUUGAUGUGAAUUUUACUUUAUUCUCUAACUGACUUCUCUUUUGAUUCUCAAAGCUUCAAUCGGCUGGACCUGCCUCCAUAUGAGUCCUUUGAGGAGCUCAGAGAGAAACUUAACAUCGCCAUUGAGAAUGCACAAGGCUUUGACGGGGUGGAUUAG